AUCUGUCCUUUUCUUUCUGUCCUCGUUUGGUUCACAGGGACAGCACUGCAAGAGAGAACUAGCUUGUAGGGAUCAUGGGAAGAGCUCCAUGCUGUGACAAAGCUAACAUCAAGAGAGGACCUUGGUCCCCGGAAGAAGACGCCACCUUUAAAUGCUACGUUGAGACCCAUGGCAUCGGCGGCAACUGGAUUGCUUUGCCUCAAAAAAGCAGGUGGUCUCUCAUUGCUUCACAACUACUGGGAAGAACAAACAACGACGUCAAGAAUUAUUGGAACACCAAGUUGAAGAAGAAGCUAUUUGCAUCCAAGACAACCCUACUCCUCCAAAAUACAACUCCCAUUGCUGAACCUCCUCUUUUGUGUGUUCCCAAACCCGAACCCUUCAACAAUUUCAAUUAUUCAUCUCCACAAUCCCACAAUAUUGUGAGUUAUGCAACAUUGCCUGUGUUAACUGAUACCGGUUGUGGAGUCCUGACUAAUUUUAAUGGACCUCAAAGCCAGCUCUUUUCUUCACCAGAUGUCGGUCAUGGUUCCCAAUUCGUCCUUACCCAUAUUUGUACACAUCAGCAUCCAACGUGUAAAAAAGGGACAAGUUGGCACGGGCUAAACGGAGAUCGUGACGGUGAUGAUGUCAUCUGUUAGAUAAUGAUAGAUUUGGGUAGAUCGAUACUUUUGGGGUGUCAUUUGUCCUUGCUUUUUUUUUAAAGGUGGAUCCAUCCCUACUCAUAUUUUUCAAGGGGUGAUUUGAGGGUUCUGCCUUGCUUUGGCAUGCAGAAAUCCCAGAUUUCGUUACACACCUUGUAAUAGGAGAUAAAGCACUUGUGUAGUAUUUGUAUCUUCUUCCUAUUGCCAUUUCUAUGAAUAAAAUAAGGUGCACAAU